AUUUCCCUUUGCACGAUCCGAGAGAAAAGGAAAGAAAGAAAAAAAAAAAAAGGCCUGUCUAAUUCUUCUUCACCAUGUCGACCACCGAAGAAGCUGCGACCGCCGCCGAGCCCGUCUCCGGAGACUCAGCCGCUGCCGAGGCCGCUCCGGCGGAGCCCAACGCGGCGGAAGAGAAGCCGAUGAAGGAGAAGAAGCCACGGACCAAGAAGCUGAAGCCGAAGCCGAAGCCGAAGCCGAAGAAAUCUUCAACUCCUUCUCACCCUCCCUAUUUCCAGAUGAUCAAAGACGCGAUCUUAGCGCUCGACGACAAGACCGGGUCGAGCACAUACGCUAUAGCGAAGCAUAUUGAAGAGAGGCACAGGGGAGUGCUCCCUCCCAACUACAAGAAGGUCCUUGCGGUCCAGCUCAAGAACUUUACUGCCAAAGGGAAGCUCGUCAAGGUCAGGGCCUCGUUCAAGUUAGCAGAAGCUGAAAAGGGCGAGGAGAAUGCCGAGCAGAUGACGAAAAAGCCUAGAAGGGCGGCGGCUGCUGCUGCUGCUGCUGCUGGUGGUGGUGGUGGUGGUGGUAGUAAGAGAAAAGCGGCGGCUUUGGCUACAGGCGGAGCCGAGAAGAGGGCGUCGCUGAGGCCGUCAAGGGCGGCGAAGAAGACAAAGAAGAAGGCGGCAGUGCUGAAGCCCAAGCCAAAGCCCAAGCAGCCCAAGUCCAUCAAGUCCCGUGGCGGCAGUGCUGUGGCGAAGAAGGCGAAGAAGGUAGCUAGUGCUUGAUCAUUAUGUGUGUAGUGUAAUUAAGUUAUGGAGAGGAGAAGAGAUGAGAGGGGUUUUGGUUGUGGAAGUGUUUCUGUGGUAGUCUUAUGUGUAUAUUUUGCUUUUCUCUUUUCUUUUUCUUUUCUUUUUCAUACCUCUGCCUUGUAUAUAUAUGCGAUAAAUAAAAUUGUGAAUGUGUAGUGUCUGUUUCGCUA